AUGUCAAAGCAACUUAAUUUCUUUAAGAAGGUGGUGCAGGAUGGCUUGGAAAAUAAUGAUUUUUUGACAUUAUGGGAACUUCUGGAGUCCUGGACUUCUCAAAAUGAUUGGAUGGCAAUAUUCUUUAUAAUUUUGCUAGGAAUUAUCUUUGAGAUCAUACUCCUAAAGAUUUGUACAUACCUGCAGAAGAACCCUGCCCUUCCAGAGAAGAGUGGUUCAAAUGCAAAGGUAAUAGGUCAACUUACUCAUCUUCAGAAGAAAGGUGAUGACCGAAGCCAUCAGAGGGGUGGUGGGGAUGGCUUCACGAAGAGGGCUGUGGUGGAGCUCGAUUUUAAAGAACAAGUGAAAAAUGAGCCAGAAAAAGAGCGGGUCGGGGGGAUAGGAAGGCGUUCCAGGACAGAAGCAGGCACGAGGAAUAAGAGGCGGUGGCACAUGUGCAUCGAAGUGCGCAUUGGUGAGUUUUCAGAAGGAAUAGUUACUUCAUCAUUUACAUCUGAUGAAAAUGAAGGUCACUUUGAAGAUAGAGCUUCAUCAGCAAAUGAAAUAAUAUGGGCAGGUACCAGUGAAAGUAACUAUCAAGUAAGUUACUUUAUUGAAAGUCAGAUGUCAUCUUCAGAUGGGACUAGGUCGUCUUUGUCACUGUUUCAUUCAGAAGUAAAGAAAAUUUUUCUAAGCCAUAGAGGGUAUCCAGAAAAUGAACAUGAAACAAUGCAAUUUUCAUCAAAGAAAUUAUUUUCAGUAAUGAAAAACAAAAAUAAAAAUGUAAUGUUUUCUUCUGAGUUUAACUCUUCGAGAACUUCUGGAGUCACUACAGAAAGUGAAGAUCUAGAUGUGACACCAUGCCCUCCUGCCCACUUAUUUCUUUCUAGAGACCAAGUCAGACUUCUGGAAGAAAAUGUGAGAAGUCAAAUUCUUUUAAAAUCCAAAGCUACAUUAGAGAGUAAAACUACCCGUCUGUACUCAAGCCCUCAAGAGUUCUUGAUUGAGGAUCAACAUUCUAUUAAAAUGGGUAUUUCUGCCCAAGCACAAGAUUGUUUUCCAAGACAAAAUGCUAUUCAGAAUCAAGGUUUUUACAAAGCCCAAUUUACUAGUCAAGCCCAACAAUUUGUUAACAACCAAGACUCAAUCAACAGCCAGCCUGAUAUCAAGGUCAGACACUUUGCUCUGCCUCAAGAACUGAUGAGGACACCAUUUUCCAGCAAUACACAGGAUGCCUUCCAGACCCAAGAGACGGACAGGCACCGACAUUUGGCCAAAGUCCCACAUUCUGUUCAGACUCAAGAUUCAGUCAAGGGCCUAGAGUCAAAUAAAAAACAGUUCAAUGAGGCCCAAUAUUCUGUUCGGUUUGAAGAUUCAAACAGGAUUAAAUAUGCAAUCCAGAGGCGAAAUACUAUUUUUAAGAAUGCCAGAUGCCUAGUUUUAACUCUCAGUCCACAUUCAAUGGCUAAAUUGAUGCCACAGCGAAAAAGGGUCAAGCCAAAGGGCCAGAAGCAAGUCGCUUGGAAAUGUAAGCAGCACACUGUAGGCGGCUCAGUGCCUCUUUCGCCUACAAUUAAAAGGCAGAAAAAAAGAAGAAAAGCAUUACACAGUGAAAGGAAAUCAAGCCCCAAAAUUACAUCUGAAAAGUCAGAGAAAACACCAACUUCACAGGUAUUUCAAAUCAAAGAAUGUUACACUUCAAGGCAUAGCAAGUCCAAAUGCAAGUACAACACCAAGAGGAGAGAAUUGCAUCAAAGGAGAGGUUUGUCAGAUACAGCUUUGCAUCUUACGGAUGCUCCCAAGCAUGUUCCUCCUUAUAUUAAGAAGUAUUCCAGAAAAAAACGAGUGACAAUCAUGACAGGUUUAACAGGUUGUAGACCUUUUCUACUGAUGCAAAGUAAAUCACCAGAUGCAGAGAAAGUCAAUUACACAGGGUCUACUAAGAAAAGAGGCCCCUCAGGCAGGACUAAAAAUUUAAAGCUGUGUGAAAGAGACAAUGAAGGACUAAAAAACGUUUCACAAACAACUCUACCUCAGCCAGGACAGUGUUUCACUAUCAAUACUUGUCAACUAAAAACACCUUGUUCGUCAUUAAUAGAAACGAACUGGAAGAAUCAAGAGUCUCUUAAGGACUCAAUUGCACGAGCCAGAGAAACUGAUAUUGCAGAGUUUCAUGGCCCGAAUAGUAAAAAAAGGCUUGAUCUGUAUAUUCGAAAACAUGAGACACCUUUGGAAGAAGCCAUUUCAGAACCUUUGCAGCAAUCUGUUUCCUCUCCCCAAAUGGAAUGGAAAGGAAGAAUGAGAACGUGGGAGGCCCUGAAAUGUACAGAGCAUUGGCAUCUUCCACGUUCAAAUGGAGAGAAUUUACCAAUGACUACACCGGAAAUGCCAAGGUGCUUUCCAAAGGUCUGUAGACAAAAGCAGAAAGAUUUUCCGGAAGUUGUUCUGAAGUCUUCAGAAGGCAAUUUGCACAUUUCACAAGGAACCCAAAAGCAUGAAAGCACUGAACAAUUCGCAGGUGUUGAAAAUCAAGAGAGAAUAGAAGAUGUAAUUGUGAAGGGAAAGAAACCAUUAACACUUACCAUUACAGAAUGUGGUGCCCUCAGUGCGAGUGAGGAACUGGAAUGUAACACUAGCAGCAACACGAAAAAUGUUCAAGAUAAAAGAACGUCCGAUGCAUUUCCCGACACCGCUACCACUCCCCUUUCUGCACCUCCUGAUAGGGAAGUGCGGAGCGGAUUAAAAGUUAGAGCAGAUACAUCGAGAAUAGGGCUUUAUCAUCCACUGGGAAAGCAAGAGAAAUCACCAGAAGAAAAGAAAAUAUGGAACGCAGAACACCUUGAAAAGAGGUGUAUAUUUAAAAAGCCACAAGAUUGUGACAGAGAGGAAGAGGAAGAAACUUCACAAGAAGCAUUUCCACAGCUGACACAGGAUUUCAGGUUCAGCCUACAACUAAAGCAAACGUUCAAAUAUGACAAAUUUGAAAUCGAAAAGAGCAGUUUAGGAAGUAGAAAAACUCAAAAUGAAGAGCAAGAGGCACAAUCACACAUUCUUUCUACAGAAACAAAUUUAGGGACUAGUCCAUGCCCCACGGUGGGUCCAUUUCAAGUUGAGAAGAUGAAGCAAAGCACAGAUGGACCUACGGACAGAGAAACUGAAGAUCCCCAGAAUCCUCUUCGAGUAUCGGAGAACUUACCAGGUUCUAUAGUCGCCCAGGGGUCUUUCACUGUCCACAUACUUCCUGUGUCAUAUUUUAAAAGGCAGGAAGUCAGAAAUCAAUUACCACGAACAAAAAGGGCACUCAGUUCCAGACGUGUUAACAUGAAAGUAAGAAAACCAGUAACUUUACUCAUGCCUUAUAUUUAUGGACGUGGAAAUCCAAGUCAUAGAAAAAUAUUGAGAGGCUGUUUUAAAAUCAUAAUUAAACAGAUGAUGCAAGGUAAUACUGUGGCGGAUGUGCUCCUGAAUGCUUUUUACCCUCACGUGACUGUUCUGCCUUGUAUUAGAGUGCCCAGCAUAUUAAAUGCAGAGAAUCACAGACAUAUUAAGCCAAAACAAGAAAAAUCACAAGUUGCAAGGGAAGAAAAGUGUUCAGAUUCCAUUACUAAUGGCAGUAACUAUGGAAACACAAUGGAAGCUCAAUUGCAAGAUGAAGUGGGAGGGGACAAAGCAGCUCAAGCACAAGGUGUCCUUUCCGAGAGCUGGGACCCCAGACAGGGUGCACAUCCAGAGAAGGGGCUGAAAACAGAAGAAGAAAUGCAUCAGCCAGUCAUACCUGCAGAAAUCAUUAUGGAGCCUAUUCAUUCCCCCUUCAUGGCUUCGUCUCAUGCUGAGAAUAUGAAGGAGAAGCUACCACCACGAACAGUUUUAAAAUGCACUGCAGAUUCUGAGUCGCCGCCUCUGACACCAGAAAAACCACUGACUGGAGACCCUUCAAGCCAAACAAGAGAACGUGAUGCAAGGGAGAGGCGUCACUGUCUUGUAGAAACAAAAAAUUUACCAGCCACUUUCUCAGAGACUUUCAAUUGCCACACACCCGUUGUAACUCCUCUGAAAGAGAGGAGAAACAGAGUAAGAUGCUCACGAGGAGACUGUACAGUGCAGCCCAGGUCUGGACAUAUGAAGGCAAUAAAACCGUCAACUUCACAAAUAUUUAAAAUGGCAGGUCAUAGAAAUAAACUGGACUCCAACUUUAAGACCAAGUUGGAAAAGAUCAGCCAAGCUAGUGGACUGGUAUAUGAGUUCCUAAAUGCCCUUUACUCUGCCACGCACAGCGGAUCACAAGGAGAGACGACUGGCUUCUGUCAGGCUCAGGUAGAGCAGGGGGAACGAGCAGGUGAAGGGAGGCGGCCCUGUGUGGAUUUCUUUGGCAGGAGGGGUGCAUUCUGCGACAAAGGGCAAGAUGCAGAGGCAGUGGAGCAGAAGACUUUGCUAGAAGCAGCUCCGCAGUGUACCCAGCACCUUUGGCCUGAUGGGUGUCAAGCAAAGGAGACCCAGCUUGGUACACCAGACCCAGCCCUGGACCGUGAUGUCCCAUCAGAUGCAGACCCUCAGAAGGAACAGGCUGGUGGUGGUGCUCAGCAGGAGGAGCCAGGGGCUUCUGGUUUCUGUGUGCCUGCUUUAUGUACAUUAAAAAAGAAGAGACACAUCAAACAAUAUUCACAUAUAAAAUAUAGAAUCUUAAAAGCAAAGAAACCAUCAAUUUCAUACAUGCUGAAUAUCAAGGGUGGUGCCAACCCAAACCUUAGAAAAGAAUUGGGAUGCAACCCCACAGCCAAAAUGAGAGGGGUGGGUCAAGGUGAAAAAGUGGCAGAUAAAAUGCACUCCUUCAAGACUAUCACGCCUGACAUUAAUAUGUACAGCAAGACAGAAAGAGAAAAAGACACAUUAGGAGAAAAAAGACUACGCUCCAAACCAGUAAAGCAAGUGAUACCAUCCCAUGAGGGGAGUAUUAGUUCAGGUCACACCAAGGAGAGCAGCCUUCAAGGUAAAGAGGAAGAAGAAAGUGAAUGGGAGACAGUAAAAGUAAUUCCUCCGCACAGCCAACAUUUCCUACCCUGUUCAGGCCGGAGGGAGGAGCUUGACCUUCACAAAUCAGAAAGCCCAGGAAGUGGGGAAAUUCUGUUUCUAACAAAGCAAGACUUCCCCCCACAAAUGCGGCCUGCAGAUCCAGCGCAGGUGGAGAGGCCGAAGAAAAGCCACCAGACACAAAUAUACACAGCAAGUUCAAAGCUCCCUCUUCUCAAGUCAAAGGAAUCACUGAUGGGUCAAGUUUUGACUGACACAGUGAAACAUGUCCCAUGUGAUGGGAGUCAGAUGUGGGAACUGGACAGUCACGGUAUCAAAGUACACAGCACACCAAAACCAAGAGUGAAAAUACACAACCAUACCUAUUUCAGGGAUAGGGAAGCAUGGAAGGCCAGUGUGACCGAUACACAAAACAGAUACAGCAAUACCAUGAGAAUGUAUGUGCAACAUGAAAAGGAAGAGGAAAAUAUCCAAAAAACGUUGCCAGAGUCAGUCCCUCAUUAUAGCCAGAACUUCAGUUUCAGUGCCCAUCGUAUGAAAAACCUUGGCCAUUGCAAAUCAGAAUCUAAACUGAAGAGCUCAGCAGUGAGAAGGACUUGCAAUGCGCCUUGUACAGUGGAAAAGACGAGGCAAGAAAAGCACAUUAGAGAAACUAUUUGGGAGACUGUUUCUAGACAGGUAAUGAAUUUACUUCAAGUCGAAACAGUGAAAAAUAAUACUCAUACUCAAAAAGGAAUAAAAUGGAUGGUAGGUCUAAAGACUCCAUCUCCAAAAGCAGGGAAAUCAGAGACUGGUUCAAUGCAAUGUGAUACUCUCUGGGAUAGAAAUCCUGGGAGAAAAUCAGAGAGUCCUAUUUCUGAGCAAAAAGCAUGGAAUGAAAGUGACUUAGCAAGAACAGUCUUAAAACCUUUAGCUUUUUCCAGCCUUGAUUCAUUUGCGCCCCAAAGCCAGAGCUACACAGAGUUUGUCGGCAAGGAAAGUAUGCGCCCCAAGCAUGCAACUUUGAAGGAAAAGAAACUACUAAUUUCCCAGUUGCUUAAUGGCAAAAGAAGUCUUACAGGAAGCCCUGAAAAGAAAUGUAAGCGGUGCAAAUUCAAGCAGAGGACAAAAGAGAGGCGAUGGGAAGAGAGUGUGGCAGAGGCAUUCAUCUGUGCCGCCAAGGGAGUUGGGAUUCCACUACCCAUAUUGAUGAGUGAAACACACCCAUUCAGUACAGUAGCAAGGGGCGUUCUAUGUAACAGAACACAUCACAAAGAUCUGAAUGGUCUUAUUACAGAGGAAAAGGCAGGGCUAGAGGAAAUCUUGGCCGCCACUUACGUAGGGUCUCUAGAUUUCUUCAUGCCUGUUGUAUCUGACUCCGAAAGCCAGAUAAACACAGUGCACUUAUCAGAAAAGAAAAUCAUACUGAAUCCCCAACAUUUAACUCUGAAGAAAAAGGAGCCACCGGUUUCACAGAUACCCAAACUCAAUCGGCAGCUUACCAUAAGACAAAGGGGAGAGCUUGGAUCCCAUUUCAAAACCAAAAUGAAAGGGUUAAAGCAAGGAAAACAUGUAGCCGAUACAUUUCCAAAGACCAUUUCCUCCCCAUGGGAUGCCACUGACAUUGAAAGCAGAUUCAAAACAGAGACGGACAGAGUAUCAAGGUCCCGUCACGUACAACCCCCACAGAUGGGGUUGCCAGCUGAGGGGCCGGUGAGUGGACAGUCCCUUAGUGCCCCAGGUCAUGCUGCUUUCAGCAUGAAUGAGGAACAGGAAGAGAAGAGAGACGGAGAGAGAGAGAAAACUGUACUAAAUGCAGACCUACAGUCUAUACACACCUCCAUGCUUGUUCCACCACACACAAGGAUGGAUCGGUCACCUGGUACCUGGGGUAACCAUGAAGAAUCUUCUGAAAAGAGAAACAUCCUAAAUAAAGUAAAAGUCAUGGAGAAACAAAAAUAUGAACAGCAUGGUUUGUUUAGAACAGCUCCACGGUAUACCCAGGCAUCUGAGUUUGGAGCAUGUCGAAUGAGGGAGUCAGGUCCUGCAGAAUCACAAGCACCCUUAAUCAAUACAGUGUGCCCCACGGACACCACUCCUCAGAAAACGGACAUCGAUUUAAUAGAUCAAGAAACAAACAUAGAAGUUGUAGAACAUCUUAGUCCGGAGUGUGUUUCUUUCUCUAAGAUACAUCUACUUGAGAUUGAAAAGCAGCAGGAAGAAUUUAAAACUGCAAACUGGGAAACAGUAGCAAAUCCCAAGAACCUCGCGCUGCACGACAAACAUCCAGAACCAUGUGUCUCAGGAACUCUCUGGAGUGCGCCUUAUGCCCACACGCCUGUGUAUCCUAAAACCAUCAAACAUAAAGCUAAGGCAGAAACAGCUGAUGUGAAAAACACUAUGCAUACCAAACAGGUAAAAUUGGAGGCCCAGGAACUACCUGCAUCCCACCUGUUUAAAACUACAGGGUAUGGAACCAGAAGGAAUACAAAGAAACUGAGAAGUAACAUCAAGAGCCGGAAGGAGGAGUUCAAGGAAGGAAAAACUGCAGCAGAUUUAGCUCUGAACACUGUUUGUGAGUCUAGAUGUACUCGGUCUCCAGUUAAAGAGUUUAUGGAAAUAAAAAGGGAGAAAGACAAGCCAAGAGAGCGCAUCUGCAUUCCUGCACAGGUAAAGCUGGAGAAAUCAUUAAACAGAAGAAAUAGGCCACCUUUACAGUUCAGUAAUAAGAGUGCUACAUCAAGAAAUCCUAAAAAGCUGAAACAGUGUGUUAGAGAGCAAAAAGAAAAACGCCAGAUUGUCUUACAAGACAUUGUCCUACAAUGUAGAGAUCAGGUAGUGAUUAGCCAACCAGUGAAGGAGGAAGACAACCACAUCAAAUUAGUAGUAAAUUUGGAAAGAGAAGCAUAUCCUGAUCUAUUUCCAUGGAAGAGGAGAACCAGUUACAGCAGGUUGGACAACCCAAGAAUCAGAAUACUUACAGACUGUAAAUCCCUUAUUGCACAAAGAGUACAGGAAGGAGAUGCAGACAUUGUUCCACAGGGAAGAGAAGAAUCAGAGAAAACUGCUAUUUCAUUACAUGCAAAAGAACAGAAUAUGUUUCUUGCAGAGUUGGAUGCUUCUCAACAGAAGACUUGUGAAGAGCAAGAAUUGCUGAAACGAGAAAGUAUUUCAAUGACAAAUCAAGGGUCAAUUUCCUAUCUCAAGACGAUACCACCUCAUCUUGAAAACGUUGUAAAGGUAGCUGAGGAAGAUAUGUACAUUAAUAGAGAAAACAUUCCACAGCUACUGAGAAGGGAAAAAUUAAAAACUGAUAUUUUACAAGGUUCCAAAGGACAGAAAUAUCUUUAUACAAAUCUAGAGAUCCAGCAAAAUAUGUCAGCAGUGCGUAAAGGAGAGGUGAAACCAAAUCACAUUCCUGAGCGCAUUCUGGAUUCUACAUCUUGUCUCAGGAGGGGACCUCUUCAUGCACAAGAGGCAGUAAAUACAAGAAAGAAAGAAAACAUUAGCAUCCCUGUAAGUUUAAAUGUAAAUUGUUGGGGGAAAAAGGAAUCAAAAUUAACUGAUAAUCAGUUAAAAGCAAAUGGACAGAAAGUGAACCUUUCAAAAAAACUGAGGGCAAAACAGGUACAUAGUUCUAACCAGAAUGAAGAAACUAUUCUGGGAGUCAUUUCCUCUUGCAUAUUACAUCAUCUCAACAUUGAACAGCUAAAGAAGGAAGGCUCAGCACAAGGAAUGAGUUCUAAAUUUUUGAGUCAAAUGGUGGAGAAAGCAUCAAACAAAGCAGAUUUUCCAGGAGACCCACCUCCAUGCUCCAUGAGAGUUAAUUUGCAUACUAGUGGAAGAAAAAAGUACCAGAAAGAAAGUACAGGCAAGGGUCUUCCAACAUCUGUUUCUCGUUCUCCAAUGGCUGUACUGAAGAUUACAUUGCCGUGCGUAGGGAAAUCACAAAAGGCAGCAGAGAGGCCAAAGUACCACACUGCAAAUACGGAAGGAAGUGGCUUGCCUACUGAAGGAAAAACAGAGCGACUGGAAUGUAUACCCCAGAUUCUUCCAAACCCUAAUUCUAACCCUUUGAGGGAUAGAUUUCAAAAUAAGAUGCCAAGUAGAAAGAAGUCAUCAGAGGAAGCAGUGAGCACUGCGGAGUGCACUCCACACGCAGAAGGAAUUGGCUCGCUUUUGACAGGAAAGGAAGAACAGCAAGGUGCAUCUCACUCCAAAACAGGUCUACGUGAAAUGAAUACCCCAGGGCAACAAGUGAAAUUAGACACAAAUGUGAUGCACUGUGAAUACUCAACUCCACAGGCUGCAGAACCAUUAAAAGGAAUGGAUGUCAUAGCUGAAUAUACUCAAAAAAGUAAAACAAGACAAAACUUACUCAGUAUGGAACAAAACAAGCAACACCUAUUGAAUCCUCACAAGAAUUUUCUGGAGCAUAUGUUUUACUCCCCAAAUGACCCCCAGCUCCUACAACAUGUCACACCUCAGACGAAGAAAGCAUUGCCAGAAGUAGGGAGUAUCUCAAGCAGGACAAAAGGCCUAGACUUGUUUCCUAAAGAUCAACCAAAUACUGUAAGUGAGGAUGGACCAGAGUGGACUGUGCCCUCAAUUCCUCUGAGGCAAAAGAAAAACCAAAAUACAAUGUUGCCUUUAGGAUCUUACAGUAAAACUAUAAAACAUCUGACUGCUUCAUUUCCAGAAGGAAGUACAUCAUCAAACGAGGCACGGGUAAUUCGUUUGCUGUCAAACAGUAGCUCCCACAAGCUCAGAGUCAGAAGGAAGGUGGGAGGUACGGCAUAUCAAAGGGUACAGGCCAUGUGUCUGCCUGGAAUAUUUUUACAUUCUGUUUCUACCUACAUGCCUAUUUUGCCUGGAACUAAAAGACAGGAGGAUAGCAUAAAACAAGGAGUUACGAAAGGCAUCACGUACCCCCUAAGAACUCUGAAGUUGAAGGAAUCAGUAUUUUCAAAUGCACUCAAUAGCAUGGACUAUGUCAUCCCAAGCAGCAGACCAGUACCACAGUGGGACAUAAAUGAGAAGAUGGUAAAUGUGAAACAUAGGAAGGGUCAACCAGAUACGGUCGUGACAAAUCCAUUUGAGUUCAUCUCUCCUUUACCUCACCUCAAACUGAGUAAAGAGAUAACUGAUGGGAUUAUCUCAAACAAUGUAAAAACAAUAAAACAAUGUAUGUCACAGAGAAAGGAGGAUAGAAUAAAAGAAGGCAGUAGGAGAGAAAUAAUGAAUCCCAAUGUUAUUUUGAAGGCAAAGAAGCCAUCAGUGUCUCGUGUACUCAAUAGAAUGGAAUUGCCCGUGCUGCUGAACACUUUAAAACAAGAGUGUAAGGCACAGACAGGUAAAGGUGAAUCAGGUGGGGAACUGACAAACUUCUGCACUUUCUUACCACCUCUAUCACAUCCUAACUUGGAUUUAAGAAUAAAAGUAGGAAAAGGUAAGUCUGGAAUACCAAGGAGCUGCCUUCUACCCCCAAAGCUCCAAGCAUCCACAAACAUCAGGAAAACAUCAUCUGCAGAGUCAAUGAAUAGAGACAGCUUAAGCAGUGUAAUAGGAUCAAAACAAUAUUUGCCGCAGAAAAAAAGGGAAGUUAGAGGACAUACAGUAAAUGUGAAGGACAAAAUGGAUCUCCAACAUAUCAGUCCUAAAGGAAAGAAAACAUCUAUUAAACCCACACUGCUUGGAAAAGAAUCACAGUGGAACAAUAAAGAACGAGAGAAAAGGAUGCAGAAAGAGAAAAGUGAUGUAGGAAUAGUGCAGAGGAAGUCCCAUGCUGCCAUUCCUCCUUCACCUCACGUGGAAGGGGGUCCUGGGGUAGAAGAGGAGAUACACAUACAAGGAAUAACGGGAUUCUGUCUUCCGUCAUUAACACUCCGGGAAUUAGCAGAUGAAAUGGGAACAGGGAAGGAGCCAACUGAUGAUAUUUUAAGCAGUAUUAGAAAGGCAAAACAUCUGCCACAGCAAGAUGGAGACAGAGUGCCAAUGGCCUUGGAAGAAAUGAGGCGUCCCCAAAGAAGAGCUGCUUCGAAGGCUGGGCGGCCUGUAACUGCACAGGGAUUACAGCUGAACGUCAGAGACAGAAACAACCAGGCGCAGGAAGAUGAGCGAGUCGUGAUUCAGAGCAAAUCUUGUGCUUCCAUCUCUUUGCCCCCUUACUCUGAAGUGGAGACAAGAAGAAAAGGAGAAGCCAUGCUCAUAAAAACCAGGUCCUCUUUCCUACAACUGGAACUCCACGAGUCAUCAGAUACAGGAAAAAAAGCGUCUAAGAAGCCUAUUUACUAUGAUAUGUCAAAUAGUGUGAAAAAAGCCAAAGAACAUAUAAUGCAGGACAAAGAGGAGAGAGUAAAAAUGGCAAAAGUCACACCUUUGAAGAAAAAAGAAUCACCAAUUUUAUGGGAAAUCCAGUUGGACAGCAAAGAGCAAGAGAAAAAGAUCCAAAAAUUUAAAGGUGAACCGAGUAUGGUUCCGACCAAUACCAACACUUGCAUGCCAGCUCCUUCUCAUUUAAAAUGGGAAAGAGGAAUAAAGAAAACAGACCAUGUAACUAAAAUAACAAGAGACUCUCUUCCAGAGCUAUCACCCCAGCGAUCAGACUCAGUGAAAAAAACAAACAAAAAGUGCACUGAGGGGGGCGGCACAGGUGACACACAGGAAGCAGGGGAGGACGUGCCACAGGGAGAGGAGGCUGAUGGCAAGACAGCCGCCGGGAGAGCAGCGCUGCACCCAAGAGAUAAAGAUGUGAAAGGAAAGAACAUGCUCCCACAGGCCACCCCGCUGAAUCCAAAAGAGGGGGGGACAGGAGGCCCAGAAGGUGACCGUCAGGGGGAAAUGGACCCAAAGGGUAAGGGACAGGGGACAGAGGAUGGAGAAGGCAGAGGUGAGUGGGAAGCAGUUCUGCCCACAGAGCGGCCUUCUGAAUUUUCUCUAGCUCAUCAUGAAUCAGAAACAGAAGGGAAAGAAGAUACGCUAAAAGGAACAGGACCUGCUACUUCACAGCCAUGGCUCCAGACAUCAGUGGAUGCAGGGCAACUAGCAGAGCCCCAGGCAGUUAGGGAUGACAUGAAAGCCAUACAGAAGGACAAACCACAGGAAGAAGAAGAGAGAGGAAACACGGCACAUAUGAAAUGGGUCCCACACCCCAGAGGCACAGCUUCCAAGGCAGAGACAUCACCACCUCCUCCUGUGUCCAGUGUUGCCGAGCCCAGGGCUCUGAGCAAGAAAAAGGAAGCACAAUGGAGCUCUAAGGAGAAAGAACAGAAACAGGGAAGAACAGGAGAGCCGGACGUGGGUCUGACAAAAACUCCUUCCGCACCUUCUCCGUCUCACGACAGAGUGGAUACAGGGACCCAAGGAGACACAGACUUGCUUGCAGUCUUUUCUCCUUCACAGUUACAGCCCCCUAAGUCUGCAGGUGCAGGGAAGCUCAGAUAUGCAGAAUCCAAUGGAAAUACUAGCCCGUGUAAUAGAAUCCUAAAAGCUAAUCCGUGUGCUAUUUCAGAAGAUAACAGGCGGAGGCUCCAUACAAGACAUCAAAAGAUGUCUCUAGAAGGCACUGACACUAUAAAACUUAAUUCAAAACACAAAUCCCCAGAAGAUUCGUCUCCUACCCGCCGUAUGGAGACACUGACUGUUAAUGUUUUGAGUGGCAAAAAGAAGCCCAUUACGAAGUUACAGGAUACAGGGGUAAGUACUGGUUUUGAGAAGGCAGAGCCCUCCGAUGGCCUUGUCCUCACCCCCGACUUCCAGCAGAACCCACAGCAGCUCCAUGACCCGUCCCUGAGCACCAUCUGCCAUUGUGGGAGCAUCGGGGUGCCCCACUCAGGGGUAGACAAGGCUCACCUGUUGGCAGAGGUGAUUGAGAACCCGGAGUGUGGCACAGAGCACUGCCACCCACACAGCCUCAGCUUUGCCCUCAGGGCUGCCGGCCCCCUGUGCCGGCUCUUGCAAGGAGCCCCAGAGAAGCUGAGCCCACCCAGGAGCUGUUGUGAGAACAACACCGAUGUGUGGGAUUUGGGGUGGGAGAAGCAGAGAGAUAUUUAG